AUGUCAGAAGACUUGAAAAAAUCAAUCAAUCCAGGAUCAAGAAAUGAUUUGGAUAAUGAAGCAGAUGUAAAAAUCAAAAAUGGGUCUUUGACAGACGUGGCAUCAUUAGGAGAUCUUGAUCUAAAUAAUCCUAGACACAAACUUUUUAAACUUUUGUUUGAAGAAUUCUUUAAAGAUGAAAAUGUUAAUAAAUUACUUAAUGAAGUAUUUCCAAACGUGCAAAGAAAGAGGAAGGGGGUCAGAAAUGCUGUGCAAGAGACAGUAAAGGAGACAAUAGAUGGGACAGCAGAUAAAACAAUAGAUGAGACAACGAAUGAUGAAACAACAAAUGAUGAGACAACAAAUGAUGAGACAACAGAUGAUACAAAUGAUGAGACAAUAGAUUAUACAACAGAUGAUACAACAGAUGAUACAACAGAUGAUACAACAGAUGAUACAACAGAUGAUACAACAGAUGAUACAACAGAUGAUACAACAGAUGAUACAACAGAUGAUACAAAGGAGACAAGAAGUAAAUUAAAUCAUGUUAAUGAUCAAUUAUUGCAAACUUUGAUUGAUCUAAAACAAAUUUUACAACUAUUGAAUUCCGACGUAAAGAAAGUAUCUGAAAGAUUAACUAUAUUAGAAUCACAGUCUGCAAAUGAAUCAUCUUUGAACAAUUUAUCCGAAAGAUUGGCUAGAUUGGAAUCACAGUCUGCAAAUGAAUCAUCUUUGAACUAUUUAUCUUAUAGAUUGGCUACAUUGGAAUCACAGUUUGCAAAUGAAUCAUCUUUGAACUAUUUAUCUGAAAGAUUGAAUAAAUUAGAAUCACGGUCUGCAACUAAAUCAUCUUUGAACGAUCUAUGCCGAAGUUUUUAUGAUCAAUUAGAUGAUCAAUUAGAUAAUCUAUCCGGAAGUUUUUCUGAUCAAUUAGAUAAUCUAUCCGAAAGUUUUUUUGAUCAAUUAAAUUCCGACGUGAAGAAAGUAUCUCAGAGAAUAAAUAAAUUGGAAUCACAGUCUGCAAAGAAAUCAUCUUUGAACAAUCUAUCCGAUAAUUUUUUUGAUCAAUUAGAUUCCAACGUAAAGAAAGUAUCUCAAAGAUUAAAUAAAUUGGAAUCACAGUCUGCAAAAAAAUUAUCUUUGAACAAUCUAUCCAAAAGUUUUACUGAUCAAAUAAAUUUCAACUUUAAAAGAAUAUCUCAAAGAUUAAAUAAAUUGGAAUCACAGUCUGAGUACGAUCUACCCGACAGUUUUCUUGAUCAAUUAAAUUUCGACUUUGGGGAAGUAUAUCAAAGAUUAAAUGAAUUGGAAUCACAGUCUGCAAAUGUAUACGAAGGAACCUUUUCGGGUGUAUUAGGAUUUUGUUGGUUAGAUUUAGCAAGAAUGAUAGUUAUUAAUUCUGAUUUACAAAAUGAUGAUAUUGAAUCAAAAUCCAAUUUCGAAUUAAUUCGUCAAGGAAUGAUUGCUAAAUGA